AUGUCAAACAUUUACUCUCAAAUUCUUCAAUACAAAGGUAUCACUGUGGAAUACAAGAUGACGAGCUCUGUCAAAGCCAAAGUCGCCGCCGGAAAGUCAUUCCCCCGAGAGGCCAUACCUCCCAAUAUGUCUUCAUCCACCCCAAAUGACGAAUUGGAUUCAAUCGUUGACGAUGAAGUUCAUCUGGAGGCAGACGCUGACACAGAUAAUGACUCGGCGAUCGGAGUUACUGAUGAUGAGUUGUCGACUGCAUCUCUACGCUCCAGUAUCCGAGAUUAUCACAUGAUCAAUGGACGCGGAUAUCAUCGCGACGAGAAAUACUACCUUCCCAGUGAUGAGCACGAGUCAGAAAGACUUGAUCUCCAAAACCAUCAGUUGUUACUCACCUUUGGUGGGAAAAGAUACUUCUCACCAAAUGCUGAGACUGCCAAGCGGGUGCUCGAUAUUGGAACAGGUACUGGGAUAUGGGCUGUCGAGUUUGCCGACGACCAUCCUCAUGCUGAGGUUUUUGGUAUUGACAUCGCGGCUAUUCAGCCAGCUUUUGUUCCUCCAAAUUGCACAUUUGAAAUCGACGAUGCUGAACAAGAAUGGACUUGGACUAAACCAUUUGACUACAUCUUUGUGCGUCUCAUGUCUGGUAGUAUAGCUGACUGGAACAACUUCACCCGCCAGUGCUUCGAGAAUCUGGAGCCCGGAGGCUGGCUGGAAGUUAUUGAUCCUGCAUUUCCUGCCAGGUCUGACGACCGAACACUCGAACCUAACUCUCCGUUACACAAAUGGGACGAGUUAACUGUCAAAGGAGCUGAAGCACUGGGACGUCCCUUUAAUGAAGCCGUUAACCAUGAAGACCGUCUGAAAAAGCAGGGGUUCAUCAAUGUCACUCGCAAAGCGUUCAAAUGGCCUACCAACACUUGGCCAAAAGAUCCGAAGCACAAAGAGAUUGGGCUUUGGACGCUGGCGAAUAUUGAAAGAAAUCUCGAGUCUAUCAGCUCAUUCUUGCUGAGGCAGGGUCUCAAUAUGAGUCAGGAGGAGAUUGUGGUGUUUAUUUCCCAAGUUAGGGCUGAGAUGCGGAACACGAAGGUUCACGCAUACUGGGAAGUUUUUGUGGUCACUGGCCAAAAGCCGAAGUGA